UUGCUUUUCUUGUUUCUUAUUUGUACCCCUUAAUAAUAUAACAUGUCGUUGGAUAAAAAGAUCUUUUCCUUGUUGCAACCCGCGAUACUCGAAGUAUCCGUAGUUUCUACUGCGCUGUUUAAAUCAAUGGUUUCUCUGGUGUAUGGGAGUUGGAUUUGGCGGAGCUACGUGUAAUCAAAAUAAACAGAACCAAUACAGUUAAAUGUGAAGAUGUAGAAGAAUAUUGUGACUUGUGAAUUUGGUGUGAAAAAUGCUUUAAUAUCACAAGUUAGGACGUGAAUUUGGAAAAUUACCACUGCUUAAAUCCCGCAUCACCCCAUUCGUCAACAGCCAAUACAUACGAGAGGUGGAUGAUUUUACCGAUUCCAAAAACUAGUUAUGAUUACGCUAGACCCACACCUACAACAUAUAGCCCAAGCCCACUCCAAGUCCAGAUUUUCCAAUUUUUGGAUUUUCGUCCCACCUUUUUAGCCCUUUUUCAAGUGAAGACUGAAGACUCUCGUCUCCUUCGUUUCUCUUGAAUUUCACCGGCAUGCUUUUUCUCUCCUUGCUUUCUCCCUUCCACCGUCUUUUUUCGUCUCCUUAAGUUAAAUUGACCUGCUGCGAUCUGAUAUGCAAAGUUGGCUGCAAUUAAUAAAAAUUAUCAUGCCCUCAUCUGCUUUGAGGAGAUCCAUAUCGACUUUGCCUCACCUCUGCCAGAGAAUCAAGCAAACAGAGAAUGAGAUAGCGCAAAUGUUCAAGUUGCCUAGUCCAGAGAAUGAAGUGCGAGACUUGGGUUUUAGCAGGAAGGUACCGAGGAAGAAUCCGUCUGUACGGACAUUGGAUGAGAGGUUUAUAAGAAUUUUGAAGAUAUUCAAGUGGGGGCCUGAUGCAGAGAAGGCAUUGGAAGUGCUAAAGAUGAAGGUGGACAAACGGUUGGUUCGUGAGGUUUUGACGAUAGAUGUAGAGAUCAAUGUUAAAAUCCAGUUCUUCAAGUGGGCAGGGAAAAGAAGAAACUUUGAUCAUGACUCUACCACCUACAUGACUUUAAUUCACUGUUUGGAUGAAGCAGGACUUGUUGGCGAAAUGUGGAAGACUAUCCAAGAAAUGGUUCGGAGUACGUGUGUUAUUGGUCCAGCUGAAUUGUCUGAAAUUGUGAGAAUAUUGGGAAAGGCUAAGAUGGUGAAUAAGGCUCUCUCCAUCUUUUAUCAGAUUAAAAGUCGCAAGUGCAAGCCAACAGCAAGCACUUACAACACCAUAAUCUUGAUGCUGAUGCAAGAAGGGCACCAUGAAAGAGUUCAUGAGCUCUAUAAUGAGAUGUGUAAUGAGGGUGACUGUUUACCUGACACUGUGACAUACAGUGCACUUAUAUCCACUUAUGGUAAGUUGGGUCGUCAUGAUUCUGCCAUUAGGUUGUUUGAGGAGAUGAAGGAGAAUGGGUUGCAGCCUACAUCAAAGAUUUAUACAACCUUAAUCGAAAUCUAUUUUAAGUUAGGUAUGACGGGGAAAGCUUUAGGUCUAGUCCAGGAGAUGAAAGGAAAGGGCUGUAGCCCAACUGUGUUUACUUACACCGAGUUGAUAAAGGGUCUUGGGAAAGCUGGGAGGGUAGAAGAUGCCCAUGGAAUAUUCAUGGAUAUGUUAAGAGAAGGUAGUAAGCCUGAUGUUGUGCUUAUUAACAAUAUGAUUAACAUUUUGGGCAAAGUGGGUCGAUUGGAAGAUGCUCUUAAGCUUUUCAAUGAAAUGAAGUCUUGGCAAUGUGUACCAAAUGUUGUAACAUAUAACACUAUAAUUAAAGCUUUAGUUGACUCCAAAGCCCCAAUUUCUGAGGCAUCUUUGUGGUUUGAGAAGAUGAAGGCAGAUGGUAUUGUUCCCAGCUCAUUUACUUAUUCAAUUCUUAUUGAUGGCUUCUGCAAGACAAACAGAGUUGAGAAAGCUUUGUUACUCCUGGAAGAGAUGGAUGAAAAGGGUUUUCCUCCUUGUCCGGCUGCAUAUUGUAGCCUGAUCAACAGUCUUGGAAAGACAAAAAGAUAUGAAGCCGCAAGUGAGUUAUUUCAGGAAUUGAAAGAGAAUUGUGGACGUUCAAGUGCUAGGGUAUAUGCUGUGAUGAUAAAACUUUUUGGAAAGAGCGGCCAUCUGAGUAAGGCUGUAGAUCUAUUCAAUGAGAUGAAGAAAUUGGGAUGCAAUCCUGAUGUCUAUACUUACAAUGCACUCAUGUCAGGGAUGGUAAGGGCAGGCAUGAUAGAUGAAGCUCAUUCCUUACUGAGAACCAUGGAAGAAAAUGGUUGCGCUCCGGACUUGAAUUCUCAUAAUAUCAUUCUAAAUGGAUUAGCUAGGACAGGUGGCCCAUAUCGGGCAAUGGAGAUGCUUACAAAGAUGAAGAAUUCAAAGAUUAAAGCUGAUGCAGUAUCUUACAAUACUGUUCUUGGCUGUCUCAGCCGAGCUGGUAGUUUUGAAGAGGCUGCAAAGUUAAUGAAAGAGAUGAAAGCAAGAGGUUUUGAAUAUGAUCUCAUCACUUACUCAUCAAUACUUGAGGCUGUUGGGAAGAUUGAUGAAGAUCGAAACCCUACUGCUUUAUGAUGGUUUCUUGAUCUUUAGAUUAUUCACUGAAGAUAUGCCUGACGAGGAUUGACUUUUCCAGACUGAAGGAAAUGAAUGACACUGUUUCACUUUUAUGGGUUCCUCAAGAUCAACUACUUGACAGUGACACUUUGCCAUCCCCUUGGUAACAUGCGCUAACUGUUGACACCAGUCAUCCAUUUGUUACCGACAAAAGUUCAUGUACUGGCUGUGGCCAAGUUUUAGUGUGGUAAUUCUUAUGGGAAACUUUUUGGAGCCUUUUUCUUUUGUUUUCCUGUGUGGCUUUUAUAUUUUCUUCUGUUUUUUUUAAAGGUUGAGGUCCCAAGAAAGUGAGGAAAACAAACAUCCAGUAGCAGAGUUACCUUCAGAUAUGCAAUAAGCGGUGGAGUUUGAAAUGGCUUUGCAAAAGAAGGCUAUGGAAGAAACUAAAGAUUGGAAAAAUGCUGUCGGCUAAUUUGCGGAAACACCAACUAUUACUUUUAUCUAUUAUAUUCUUUAAACUAAUUAUUGCUUCAAGCCUCCAGCUAAGUGACAAAUGUUAUGUUUUUUUUUUAGUGCUCCAGGCAAGGAGUUUACUGCUAAGCUUCUAGAAGUUGAAAAUUAGCCCUUCAAAGAAGGGGAGGUUGAAAGAAAGGUGCGUGUGUCGCAAAGCUUGAUGAGCCUGAGAGGGUAGCUCUUGUUCUUCUGAAUGAUCUGUCAUUCCUUUUUGAGACAAAACUGUUUUGACUAUAGAAACAUAUUUACAUGUGUUAAAAAGCUAUGCACUAGACAAAUGAUAAAACUUUAAAAAUAGGAGUAAAGAAGAUCAAAGGAGAAAUUUAGAAAUUAUUUGGUGCUGCACAUUGUCAUUUAGCAAUUAAUUAGAGAAAAUUGAGGAGUCCGAGCAUGCAUAUUUUGUUUGAUUAUUUCUUUAUAUUCUAAACUGAGUGGAUCUAUGAAUUUUGAGGACACCAACUCUUACUAUUCUCUUCCUUUAUGCUAUUUGAUGUGUCAUAACGUUCCAAUUCUUGAAUC